UAGUUUAAUUCGAAUAAAAAUACCCUUGCUGGAAAGAGAUGGCGAUUUCAUCUCUUUCCAACCGUCACAGGCAGUUAGUCAUCAAGGCAGUUAGCUUCGGUUGAAACCGUCAGUUGUCAUUUUUUUGGGGGAAAGUCAAGUUGAAUUUGAAAUCCUGACAACUCUGUCAGUGAGACUCGAAAAUAUGAGUCUUGAACAUAAAGAAGUCCAGAGCGAUUUAAACUUUGGCGACACAUUCAAACAGGAAGUUUUCCAUUGCAUUGCGUACAUUACGCAUAAAUGUCCACUGAUGCAGAAAUUGUUCUGCCAAUGGGCCUUGCUGACCUCUCGCCAGCAGAUUUUGCUAAACUAUAUCGCGUUUUAUGCUCUGGAUCAAAAGGAAAUGGUUGUUUUUGCCGGCAUUAUCAAAGGUCUGCAGUUUUGGGACGCCUUGCAAGACACGGAGGGAGCGUGCGGUUACCAUCAAAACCCUUUAGAGUUCAGCUUCAACAGGGAGCAAGAAAAGCAGAUAUUUAACGUUAUAUUGGACAUCAGUAAAAUGAUAAGUACGAUAAGCGCAAAAAUGAAAGUCUGUAGCCAGCUGCUGGAAUUCAAGGCUUGUAGUCGCCAGCAAAAAUUCGAUUUUGAACCAAUUUCCCCGGAUAGGGGUGAUAACUAGCAAAUAAUUUUUACCGCACUGAAUAUUAACUUAGAGGAAAUUUAUUAGCCAUGUUGCAAAUAAAUAGGUACUAAGAGUUGCAUUGAAUAGAUGAUGAGAUAAAGGACAAUCUAACAAAAACUAUCUUAAAGUUGAAUAAAAGUGAAAAACAA